AUGUCAGUGGAGGAGUAUAGUCAACGUCCAGUUAAAGUUGAAAAGGACAUUCCAGUUACUUACGAUUUAGGUAAUUUAUCAGUGUUUGAUUCUAAUGUUUUAGAUAAGAACGAUUUCGAUUCAUCAAACGGUAAGCGUGAAGAGAACAUAAAGGCUUUAACUCGUGAUAAUGUCCAACUGUUGAUCAACCAAAUUUUGUCUUUACCAAUGAAGACUACCACUGAGGCUACUGGUGGGACUAGUGGUCAAGGUGCUAUGAUGACAUUAAUCAAGUUACCUGAACCAUCCACUGAACUGCCAAGAGAAAAACCAUUGCCUAAACCAAAGGCUCCAACAAGAUGGGAGAAAUUUGCAGCCAGAAAAGGUAUUAGAUCCAAGGAAAGAUCUGGUAAGAUGGUUUAUGACGAAGCUACUGGUAAAUGGGCUCCAAAAUGGGGUUAUCAAGGUAUGAACAAAAAACUGGAUGAUCAAUGGUUAGUAGAGGUUAAUGAAGAUCAUAUUGGAACAGAAAAAGAAUUGAUUGAUCCAAGAUCGUUAAAUAGAGCUGACAGAAAAAACUUAAUUAAAAAAAAUGAAAGACAACAAAAGAAAAAUUUACAGCAUUCUAAAUAA